AUGAAUUUAUCUAACUUGGCAGAUAACUCAGUCGCUUCCAGAUGGAAUCAUGCUCUGGUGUGAGGAUAUGCAGGGGUGAUCUAUCAGUUAGCCCAGACUUAUUGAGUCUGACAGGAAGUAAAUUGAAGAACAGAAACGCCAAUGGAACAAAUUUCUCCAAACCUCAAGGAGUUCGGAAGUUAUCAAGACCUAAAGGGCUGCACAUAUUCGAAAAAUCUGAAAUCUUUUUGAGAAACUAAUCCAUCUGUGCAGCAAGAGCAAACAGACUCACUUUCAACUGCAAAAGCAAGAGACAGCCAAAAAUCCGAAGAUAUCAAAAGCGAUUCGCCUGAACAAAUGAAUCUACCAGAGACUGGUGAAACCCCAAACGGCCCACAAGAAUCUGAAGUUAUUAAAAAGAGAAGGAGACGCUCUACAAAGCUUGAAAUCAAGUCUAAGCUCAUCAGAGUCAGAGCCCAGAUUCUCAAGAAAGGGAUUCCUGCAUUCUACAGUUCACCUAAAAAAGCAAGAGGAAAUUUGCCAGGCAAUAGUAACAGAAGAUCCAAAUACAUCGGAGUUUCUAAAAACAAUGUUCACUGGCAAGCUCUAAUCAACAUUGGAAGGGCCAAGAAGUAUAUCGAUAUCUUUGCUUGAGAGCAGGAGGCUGCCAGAACUUAUGACUUGUACGCAAUUGCCCUCAAAGGAGUUAAAGCUGGCCUCAACUUUGAUUACACAACCGAGGAGAUGAUCUCAAUGAUUGACAGUUACCUCAAACACAAAAGGGUAGAGAUCUCUUCUUAA